AUGGAGAAGAAUGAGAAGAGCAUUGUAUGUGUAACUGGUGGAACAGGUUAUGUAACAUCUUGGUUGAUAAUGAGGCUCCUACAAUCUGGUUAUUCUGUUAAUACCACCUUUAACAAUAACUUGGAUCCAGAAGGAGCAAGUUUCUUGGAGAAAUUACCAAAUGCAUCCAAUAAACUCAAAAUUUUCAGGACAAAUCCUGAAAAGCCCGAAAGCUUUCAACCAGCAAUUGAAGGGUGCAAUGGAGUCAUAAUUGGUCAUUCUGUUGAUUUCGAGGAUAAAAACGAUGAGGAGACGAAGAUUCAAAGAGCUAUUACUGGGAUUAUAGGCAUUUUAAAGGCAUGUUCGGAUUCGAAAACAAUUAAAUGA